AGGAAAUGUGCAGCAGAGAAAUGGGUCCCUCUCAAAAGUAACGUUGGACAGACUUCAGUCAAGUUAACAAAACUGCGGAGCUUUCGUCAUCAUGGUCCUAGAGCCCGUCCCACAUCGGGGAGCCAGUCACCACCUUUUCUCCCGCGAAGCUUUUCCAGGAUUUAUCGUCCAUAUACUAAUGCCCUGAAUGAGGUAUGAUGAUGGCCGCCUCCCCUCAGCCUGGCAACCCUGCACCGGACGAAGAGAGCAAACGAGAGGAAGAGGUGGCGAGGGGUCAGCCUGCGAAAAAACGUGGCCGAGGCAGGCCUCCGAAAGCCAAACCCUCCUUCAAAUGCCCCGCGUGCACCGAGGCUUUCGGGAGUCUGCCGGCUCUGCGCAGCCACAAGCUGUCGGCGCACGCGAAGGAAGGUCCGCAGCAGCACCCGUGUUCCCAGUGCACCAAAACAUUCUCCAGCAAGGCUCAACUCUCAAAGCACGAGCGCACCCACUCGGCCCAGCGCCCCUUCCAGUGUCCCGACUGUCACAAGGCCUACAAGACAUCCACGGAGCUGCGCAACCACGCCCGCUCUCACACCGGGGAGAAACCCUUCGUGUGCACAGAGUGCGGUAAGGCCUUCAUGCAGGCCAUCUGCCUGAGGAUCCAUAUGACGCAGCACAGCGGAGAGCGCCCGUUCUCCUGCCGCCAGUGCUCCAAGAGCUACCCGACGCUGUCCAAGCUGAAGGUGCACAUGCGCUCCCACACCGGAGAAAAGCCCUACUUCUGUGCCGAGUGCGGGAAGAGUUUCGCCGACCCUUCGGUGUUUCGAAAGCACAGGCGGAACCACCAGGGCCACCGGCCGUACGCCUGCGACGAGUGCGGGAAGACGUACACGGAGCUGAAGGACCUGAAGAACCACGAGCGCUCCCACACGGGAGAAAAGCCCUACCUGUGCUCCGACUGCGGCAAGGCGUUCUCCCGCUCCUCGUCCCUCGCCUGCCAUCAGCGCAUUCACUCCCAGAACAAGCCCUACCAGUGCGAGCAGUGCGGUAAAGGCUUCACCCAGCUCUCCUCCUACCAGUCCCACCUGCGCACCCACUCCGGGGAGAAGCCGUUCCUCUGCCCGCAGUGCGGCAAGAUGUUCUCUGACCCCUCCAGCUUCCGGCGCCACCAGCGAGCCCACCAGGGCUUCAAGCCGUACCCCUGCGACAAGUGCUCCAAGCGGUUCCGGCAGCCCGCCGACCUGGCCGUGCACGAGCGCGUUCACUCCGGGGAGCGGCCCUACAAGUGCCAGAGCUGCGACAAGGCCUUCGUGGCGUCCUGGGACCUGCGGCGCCACAUGCUCGUCCACACGGGCCUGAGGCCCUUCUCUUGCACCGAGUGCGACAAGUCGUUCGCCGAGCGCUCCAGCCUCAACAAGCACCGGCGCGUGCACUCCGGAGAGAGGCCCUUCAAGUGCGAGGAGUGCCUGAAGUCGUUCGUGGUGUCCUCCAGCCUGCGCAAACAUGAGAGGACUCACCUGGCCGAGCAGCAGCAACAACAACAACAACAACAACAACAGGAGGCGGAAGCCGGGUCAGCCUUCACCACCCACACAACUCUCCCUCAGUUCUCCUGCACCCACUGCGACGCCACGUUUGGAAGCUGGGACCAAGUGCAGUCGCACGAGAGUCUUCACGCCGUCGACCCCGCCCCUCCGGCCGCCGCCGCCGCCGAGGUCGCGGCGGGCUCGCACGUCUGCGAAACCUGCCGGGCGGAGUUCGCGCGGGCGGCGGACCUGCGGGAGCACGCGAAGCAGCACCCCAAGCCGAGGCCGCACGUCUGCGGCAGCUGCAGCCGAGGGUUCCUCAACAAGUCGGGGCUGCGUAAGCACCAGAGGAUCCACUCCGCCAGCAAGCCGCACGGCUGCCCCCACUGCGGCAAGGCCUUCCUGUUCGCCGCCUACCUGCGCAAGCACCUGCGGACGCACGCCGACGCCGGCGAGCCCGCCGAGCGCCUCAGCGACCUGAACAUCAUCCACACCGACCCGCUGCCGUCUCCUCCGCCGCCCGGCGAGGCGCCGCCGCCCCCCGCCGCCAGCGAGGGAGCCGGCGCUCCGUCUCCGGCGGGCGAACCCGUGACGGCGUAUCAGACUCUGCCGGAGUACCUGGUCAAAGAGGAGGGGCUUUGAGGUGCCAGCCUUCGAUCCGAUGAUGUAUUGUGUUUAUGUAUUGUUAUGUCAAAGAUGUUACGUAUGCUGUUCAUGUUUUAAAAUAUAUGCUGAGCAGCUUACUAAGGAAUCUGUAAUCUCUUCAUUACCACAUUGAUCACUUGAAGUUUGUUUCAGUUAAGUGUUUUUAUAAUGAUAAUUUCUUUGAAAUUACAUUUUUAGGGGAACAAAGUUGUCUGUUUUACCGUGCAAGUAUUGGCAUUAUUUAAUACAAAAUCUUUUCGGUGGAAAAAAAAAAAAGUCUGUU